UUGAAAGGGUGUCAUUGCCGGCGGAAGUGAAGGAUGUACGUUAUGGUAACAGCAGCUCUAAAUCUCCAGCCAAACUUUCGUUUUACUCCGCAAACAUUGUGAUCAUGGCGACGUUUUUUGGUGAAGUUUUGUCGGUGUAUUCUCGGGCCGUGGAGGAAGAUGAGGAAGACCUCGAGGAAAACGAAGAAGAUGAAGAAAUCCGCAGAGAACUGGAGGAAAAGAGAGAGAUUCAUCUGCAGUGGAGCCCUGAAGUCUCCGAGGCACUGACGUCUGGGAACAAGUUGCCGUGUUCAGACUUCAUCCUCGCUGUGGGACACAACGCUGCCAGGUUUCUGUCAGUGUACGUUCUCACCUCUGCAAACUGGGACGCAGUGGGACAUGCAUCCGUGUGGAACGAGAGGAGCCGGGCUGUAACCGGGCAAACCAGCGAGGAGUCAUCAUGUGUUUUCUACAGACAGAGAGACAACCCAUCAGUUUUGAUCUGCCAAGUGGCUUGCUACAUUGCAGAAGACCAGCAGUUUCAGUGGACAGAAAAGGUUUUUAACUGUCUGCAGCACAGAGGGCUGAGUGUGACAGUGCUGUCUGAUAGCUCUGUGGCUGAGUACAAGACGGCAGACUAUCUGUGCAGUAGUUCUGCUCCCUUCCUGCGCUCUCUCCACACCGGUGCUUUCAGUGGUCAGUCCGUCUGCCAGCCGCUGGAGCAACCCAACAUAGUUACUGGACUUCCUGCUGCAGUACUGAAUCACUGUGAGGUCCACCGCAUCCCCGCUGUUGUUUACCAGUGUUACAGUGAUGUCAUUGGCCUGGACUCUGUCACCAUGGAGACCUACAAGCCUGCACUUACCAAGCUUGGCAAGUCCAUACAGUUGGACACGUCUCCGAGUACCGACGUCCUCCGCAAGUUUGUCAGAACCACCAACAUUCAAAGUAAUCUGUAUAUCUGAAAAUGGCCAUGUUGCACACUGUUGAGUGCAAUUUCAUUCUAUUUUCCUGUGGUAAAAUUCUGUCAUUUUUUUAAAUAAAGAAAUUAAGGAAAGAAA